GAGCAGACGGGCGGGCGCGCGGGCAACGGGGCGGCGUCGGGCGCGCCGCCGGCCGAGCCGUGCGCGUGGAAGGGCGAGGACUGCACGCGGUCUCACUGCUGCCUGGACGGCGGCGAUGGCGGCUUCCAGUGCUACCAGCGCGACGACGAUUGGGCCGUGUGUGAGGAGUCGUGCGAGGAGGGCGAGCGCGAGGAGGACGAGAUCGCGGGCUACACCGAGCACGGGGACCCUUUCAAGCUGGCGUGGAACUGCAAGAGGCUCGGGCUUCGCUCUGGGCCUGGCUGCGAGGCGUUGAAGAAGAAGACGUGCCCUGAGGACAGGUGCCAAUGGAAGUCUGGCAAGUGCAAGUCCCCAUGCCACACUGUCUCCGACGACGAAACGUGCAACUCCGAGGAGGAGUGUACCUGGCAUGCCGAGACCUGCAAGGAUGUCUGUUGGCUCUACGAGAAGGAGGAUGACUGCGCCUCCAAGGAGAACAGGGAUCGGUGCCAGUGGAAGGGCAACAAGUGCGUCCCUGGCUGCUGGACCUUCUUUGAUUCGGAGAGCUGCCAGACCGGGGAUCAGUGCAUCUGGCACCCACAGGGACCCGUGCCUGCGGGCUUCUGCGAGGAGGAUCCUUGCUCUUCUCCCGUGGAGGACUGCACGAAGACAAGAUGCUGCAGUGAGCAGCGGGGUGCUGGUGGCCUGACCUGCUUCCAGAAGGACAAAUUCUACGCAAGUUGUGACGCGAACUGUUCCAAGGAGAAGAGGAAGCAGGGCUGGACGUGCAAGAUGCUGGGGGGCCUGGUCAACAAAACGGACUUGCGCUGCAAUUGGCCGGGAGACUCCUGCUCCAAAACCAACAGGUGUUGCAAAGCAGGUGACUCGUGUAUGGUGAAGGAGGAGUAUUUCACGGGAUGCGUUCAGACCCACCAGUUUGGCAUCCUUGAGGGUGGUGGAACCGCGCUGAUUCCAGUGGACCUUCCGGAUGGCUGGCCGGCGGACCCUGAAUUCAAGGGCGGUUCGCAGAUGGAGUACGAGAUGCAGCGCGCAGACGAGGGAGCUACGGCGGGGACUGAUAUGUAUUGUGUCAUGGCCUAUCUGCCAGGAUCGUACGAGGAGCACUUGAUGGAGCUGGCAAAGGCGAACGAAGCGAGCAUCUUUGCGUGCGACGCAGCAGACGUCUACCAUACCCAGGAGUCAGGCUAUGCAGAGUGGGACACGAAGGAUACGACGUUGCAGAACACGGAUGUUUUCAUCGGCGUCUGGAACCAGAUCAAAAAGAUUGGGAAAUUGUGGUCCUACACAUGGACUGUAAAAGUGGACCCAGACGCUCUGCUGGUGCCAGCACGCCUGAAGUUGCACGUGGGAAGCCUGAUGGUGCCCAUGGGGAAGCCAGUCUACGUGAAGAACAAUGACUUGCCCGCCUCCCAGGGCAACGGUGGUUUCCUUGGGGCGGUGGAAAUGUUCUCGCGGGAGGCCCUCGAGCUUUACUACAGGUGGUGGCCGGAGUGCAAAGAGCACCUCGGGGUGAAAUCGGGAGAGGAUGGCUUCAUGAAAGGGUGCAUGGAUGCCUUGGGUGUCGGUUACGUGCUGGACGCCACUAUGUUCAAGGCGGACGACAACGUCGCAAUCUGCAAGAUGGGCCAAUGGGCGGCAUACCACCCCGUGAAAGACCAAAAGCUUUACCAGUGCUGCAUCGACAUCGUCAACGGCGAGGACCGUGAGACCGAGUGGGGCAAGUGCUCUGGCUUGCCGCACGACUGGGCCACAAAGAUCUGGCCCGAGGCCACGGAAGAUGGCAUGGAGCCGAGAUGGAGGUGGAAGGAGCACGACGAGUAG